AUAACAAUUAAAUAGGUUAAUGUAGAAUAGUAUUAAUGACCAUGGAUUUUGAGUCGCUGAAGUUUUCCGUCGAGACACAGGAAUGUGAUUGUUUGCUUCACUGCAAUACAGUGGUGAGCUGAUUAUCCAAAGACAGGAACUCGCAAGACAACAAGGAGGUUCUGAGCAGAAGGAGGAUUAGACAUGGAGUUCCAAAACUUCCUAAUACAACUAAGGAACAAUGUGAAGUACUUCUGAUGACACUAGACAAGUUAAUGAUGACAGAAGCCAUGGUGGUGUAACAUUCCUGCUGCUGAGACUUUGAGUGAACCACCAAGAUUUUACCACCUAACAGACAAGUUGGUGAUACUUAUUCGUGUUUCACGGAAUUCCAGUCCGUAGCAACUGACGGUUGUAAGUCGAGGAUUGUGGACGACAAUGGAUCUAUCGUACAGGCGACCCUGUCUGAUGUUGAGAACUCUGAUUUCUGUGUCUCCGGUCCUAUCUAUGGACAAGCCAAACAAGGUAGUUUCGGAAAGGCAAAGAACUACAUUGCAUCGGCAGACUUAAAAAUGAUUGACAUGGGAAAAUAUUCUGCAAGUUACGGUUUCCUUGGACUCUCUUUCAACAUGAUCGAUUCAAAGAAUUACGAUAUCGCUUAUGUCAGACCGCACGCUGACUCACAUUGCUGGGAGUUGGGAUAUGUAGAGGACGGUCUCCUCUUCGGACGAGACUUCGGAACUUGCACUGAACCUGUUAGGAACCAGUUUAACUUGGCUAUCAAAAUCGAGAAUGGAAAAGGUGAACUAUAUGUGAACGGAGGUCUGGAAUCACAAUUUACUCCCUUCUUCCCUCCCAUCAAUAAAGUGGCUACUGCCAUGAGGAACAACAUGGAAUCCAAAAUGAUCGUGAACAAUAUGCAAGUGUGCCAAGAGCUGAACUGUGUGUCACGUGGUGAAGGGGGUAAGACAGUGGUGACCAGACCUGGGGAGAGCUACCAGGACUCCGGAAUGAGCAAGUGUGAGUUUUGCGAGUGUCAGCUCUACGGACAGAUCAAGUGCGGAUGCAGAUCUGCGGAGGAUCAGGGGGUAUCCUGUAGUGGAAACACCAUCCCAGCUGUAGGACACGACUGUUGCGCCAGAUGUGUUCCACCCAGUGCCACGUGUUACGCUUCUGGAGACCCGCAUUACGUCUCGUUUGAUGGCCGCGCUUUCGACUUCCAAGGAACAUGUACUUACUGUUUGGCAAAAACCAAUGACUUUGAAGUUCGAAACAAGAAUCGGGGUGGCCCCGUAGUUGCCUAUGUAGAUUACUGUCAAGUGUUGUUUGAUGGUGAUCAGUUUGAGAUGAGAGGGGCGCUACUUCACACUCCAAAGGGCGAGGCUGAACGAAAUGUUGCUACACCCUUCAAGAAGUUCUUCAACACCCAGGACUUUGUGUACUGUCCUAGUCCCCAAUUUUGUGAGAUCCACAUCAAGAACCAGAAAAUGUUGAGGGUUCAAUGUCAACCUGGGUACUACAAUAUCUGGAUUCAUGGAACGUACUAUGAAAGAACACAAUGUAUCUGCGGGCUCUGGGACGGAAACAAAAACAACGAUUUCAUGGACCGAGACGGUAAAGUGGUAGGAUCACCCACCAUCAUGGGUAACUCAUGGAGGGUUUCUAAUGAUGACGGAUGUCCCAACCCACCAGAGCCUGAAGACCCUUGUGAUAAACUUUCCAGGGAGGAGAAAAGCUGGGCCGAGCAGUACUGUUCUAAGUUUAAACAGGAACCAUUUAGGAGUUGUCCUGUUGAUGCCACAGCUGCUUACAAGGCUUGUUUGUUCGAUGUAUGCACAGAGCCAACUAAGGAUGAUAACGUCUGUGAAAACGCCAAGGCUUAUGCUGAUAAAUGUGCUGAUGCUGGCAGUCCUGUUGUAGGUUGGAGAUCAUCAUCAUUCUGCCCGAUGGAAUGUCCAGAUACAUUCGUAUUUGAAAGUUGUGGUAAAGGAUGUUACCCUACAUGCGCUGACCCCUCACCAGACGAUUGCAAAGAACAGUGUACUGAGGGCUGCUACUGCCCUGAAGGGACGGUGCUCCAAGAUGGAGAAUGUAUUGAUUCAGUCGACUGUAAGUGUAUUUUCGAGGGCUCAUUCGUAGACAACGGAGCAUCAUGGAACGACACGGCAAAAUGUGAAACGUGCAACUGCAAAGACGGGGGCAUUAUUGAGUGCGCCAAGACAUCGUGUGCCUUGUGUCCCAAAGGACAGGUACCAGUGAGCACGGUUGGAAGCUGCUGUCCGUUCUGUCUAGCUGACUGGACCGAUGAAAGCAAGGAUAAAAUAGAGGUGAUGGAGACAGAGGGACCCAGCACUCUCCAGUGUAAACUUCAUGACGAGGUUCUCGUCUCUCCAGAUGAUAUCACGUGGAAAUUCAAGCUGAGCGGGGAAGAGAUAAAUGAUGACACCAAACCAGAUAACUUUAAGUUCAGCGAAGAUAGACUGACCCUCACUAUAGACCCAGCAAAUCUACUUGAUGACAACGAUUACGUUACUGAAAUAAUCUUCAACGGUGUGGUCGGAGAAUGUACAUUUGACUUUGUUGUCAAACCUAAACCUACAAAGAAUUACAUCGACCUGGAUGGAGAUAGUCCUAGAGUUGUUAAAGACGGAGAAUGUCAGACCCUCUCGGUUAAAGUUAACGGUGAUCUUGAUUUCAAAACGAAAGACUUUGUAUGGACCAAGGGAGUUGCUGAUGCUGCUGUCGACUUUGAUGACAAAGACUUUUCUAUCCUCGACGGAGGAAAAACUAUUAAGAUAUGUAACGCACAAGACGAAGACGAAGGAGAGUAUCACGUUUGUGUCACUAAGGACGAUAUUCUGGACUGUGUGGACGUUGAACUUCAGGUUCUACAAGUCUGUGACACUGAGGAUAACAAGGAAUAUGUUGAAGAAGAAACGUGGAUGAACGGGGAGUUUGAGUCGUGCUUGUGUACGGUAACAGGAGAUGUGGAGUGUCAUUGUAUUGAGCAGGAGGUUACCUGUGAUCCUGAGAAGGAAGAAGAGUACUACGAACAAAACUGCGAGCUCAAAUGUUCUAGAUUGCCUGCCACGUGCCUUGUGACGGGAGAUCCUCAUUACAAAUCAUUUGAUGGUUACAGACACGAUUUCCAGGGUGGUAACUGUAGAUUUACCCUGGCAAAAACGAAAGAUUUUACUGUCGUUGGAACUAAUAAGCAUAGAGGUGACAACGAUAAGGUUGCUUGGAAUGACGCUGUAGAAAUUAACUUUAAAACGUUAAAUGUAUACCUUGGACCGGAAGGAGAAGUGAAAGUAAACGAUGGAUCAGUGUUCCUUCCUUAUGCUAAAUCGUGGAGAGGAAAAGAGUCGAUGUCGAUCGUAAAAGCUGGAAGCAGCGUAAUAGUAAAGUUGUUGCUGGUGAACGAGCUUGAAGCUCUAAGUUUAGUUUGGGAUGGUAACAGUACAGUUUCCUCUACCGUCCACGGGAGGUACUUUGAGGGAACUUCCGGUCUGUGUGGAACCUGGGACGACAACACUGAGAAUGAUCAGAUAACCAGGGAUGGGGAAGACGGUGACCUCGGUGACUUCGGCUGGUCCUGGAAAUAUGGAGAUGACGAAUGUGAGACUGAGCCCCAGCCUGCUCACCCGUGUGAUGGUACAUUCUUCCCUGACGCAGCACCCAUCGCUGAUGAGGCUUGUGACGUCCUUAAAGAAGCACCAUUUGAUGCCUGUAGCGACUUAAUAGACGUGGACUCAGCUAUACACAACUGUAAAUACGACGUGUGUUCCUGUUAUGACGCCUCGUGUGCCUGUCACGCCAUUAAAAACUUUGUGAAGGAGUGCGUGGAGAAGGGAGUCACUACUUUGGGAGCCUGGAGAGACAAGGCCGCUUAUUGCCCACUGACGUGCGAGGAGGGACUGAGCUACGACUCGUGCGGAAGUUAUUGUCCAGCAACGUGUGCUGACAAGAACCCAAAAUGUGGUAAGAUGAAGGGACAGUGUAACGAGGGGUGUUUCUGUCCCAAGAAUACUUACCUGCAAGAUGGCAAGUGUGUCGAGGCUGCCGAGUGUAAAUGUGCUUUCGAGGGUGGUUUCAAGGAUGUUGGUGCAACAUGGCACGAUGCCAACAUUUGCCAAGACUGUCAGUGCAGAGAACAGGGCGAGGUUAUCUGUGCCAAGACCGUCUGCAAAAAGUGCAGGAAAACGGAACAAUUGGUGUACAAAGACGAUGCUUGCUGUCCUGACUGUGUAGAGGAUUGGCUCUGGGUAGAAGAAGGAAAAGAAGAGAUCAAAGAUGUAGAAGUAGGAAGUGACCUCACCUUGGAGUGUUCAAGUGUUGUCAAACCUAACAGUGUUGUUUGGUUUUUCUCCAGUGAUGGCGGAGAAAAUUUUACAGAACUUGAAGAUGGUGUGAAGGGUCUCACGCUGAAAAUCAAGAAAAUCUCCGCUGAUAACAAUGGUCUGUACAGAUGCAGAGCUAAGAAGAACUUCAGAACUAAAACAGCUGAUAUCACCGUCGAAACGGCUAGCGAGGCUCUUUUGAGAAGAAAACGAUCGGGAGUUUACUAUAAGGCCUAGUCUAAGAAUACAACUCUUACUAUAGUUUCUUCAACAGACUAACCUGAAAUAUGAGCAAUUCAAAAAUUAGAAUUCGAUUGUAGUUUGCUUUUCAUUUACUGCAUUUAGAA